AUGUCGUUGUCGGGGUCUUCGCCGGAAGAAAAGAUGGACAGCCGCUAUAGUACCCCAGCCCCUGAGCUGGACGAUCACCGAAACACUUUGGGUGUCCAUCCCGCCCACGUUACUUUGACUGUGCCCGCGGUCGAACUACAAGUUCCCACUCCGAGAUCGAGCGCUAUAGAAGAACGAGACCUGGCGUCUGUGGACAACGCGUUACUGAAGGCACGGGAUCAAGAGAGAAAUCCAAUCGCUCGCGACUUUGAGAGUGCCAUCGAAGAUGACGACAAAAGCGACAUGGAAAUUGACGGACCGCACACCAGUAUCAGACGUCCGUCUCUUCAUGCUAGGAGAUUUACGAAUAACCGCGAGGGUCGUACCCGUCUCCCGCGGAAUGAUCGUUCACGAGAGAGCUCGUCUUCCCGAUCAACUUCCCCAGCCAACUCCAUUGAAGCCUUCGCCGAGCCACGUCGUCGACAACGCGCCAACACUGCCGAAAGCCAUGCGUCCUCACUCCUGGAGACUUUCCGAAAUCGCACCUACUCCAACGGCACCAGCCAAAGACGCCCGACGCUGAGUAAUAUUAGCGUCCCCCCUGCUCUGACCCAGCGCACGGACAAGGAUGCCACUGAGGACGUGACCUUCCCUACGGACGAGGAGCCUGGGAAGACAUACAAGAUUGAUUUCGAGGAGCUCGAGGAAUUCGUUGCUCUAUGUGCACAGGGCAAAAUUCCCGAUGACCAGACUACCGAAGUCUCAAAUGACAGCCGGGCAUUUGUUGAUCUUCGAAAACACCAUGUUGGCCACGCCGAGGAACCCAAUGCAGCUCUCAAUGGGGAAUGUUUUUAUGAGAAACCCGUUACGCACCAUGAUUCAAACAAUGGUCAGCCUUCCUCGUCGGAAGAGGAGGUUAUGAUCCGAUCAAAUCGUCCUGCGCCGGAGCCCGUUGACAGAUUCUUCCUGUUUUCGUCUGAACUGACUCAAGGUCAGCGGGCCAAGAAGCUGGGCGACUUUGUUGCCGAUGGCACCACAUUCCGCGAUCUAUUCGACGUCGGACCUGACGGUGGUGUAUGGUGGCUUGACGUCCUCAACCCCACCAAGGCCGAGCUUGCUGUCCUUUGCAGGGCUUUCAAGAUCCAUCGCCUCACCCAAGAAGAUAUCGAGACACAAGAGGCUCGCGAAAAAGUAGAAUUAUUUUCGCAAUACUACUUUGUCUGUUUCAGGUCAUUCAACAUGGACAAAGGCCACGAAGACUUUCUCGAUCCGAUCCACGUCUAUAUUGUCGUCUGUGCUGAUGGAGUGCUGAGCUUCAGUUACAACCGGAACCCACAUCCGAAGAACGUGCGCAAGCGUAUCGCGAAGCUAGGUGAUUUCCUUUCUCUUGGUCCGGAUUACAUCUGUUACGCCAUGAUCGACGAUAUCGUCGAUUCUUUCGCGCCUAUCAUUCGCGAUGCUGAGCAAGAAUCCGAGAACAUCGAGGACCAAGUGUUCAUUGCCCGCGAGGACGACUUCUUGGCUCUGCUGAGGCAGAUUGGCGAAUGCCGCAAGCGUGUUCUUAACAUGAUGCGGCUGCUGGGCGGCAAAGCGGACGUCAUCAAGGGUUUUGCAAAGCGCUGCAACGACCAGUACCAGAUGACCCCUCGUGGUGACAUUGGAUUGUACCUCGGCGAUAUCCAAGAUCACGUUGUGACGAUGAUGUCGAACUUGGGCCACGUGGAGAAGAUGCUCUCACGCUCGCACGCAAACUACCUGGCCCAGCUCAAUGUGGACAACAUCUUGAAGGGUAACCACACCAACAAGAACCUGGCAAAGAUUACAGUCUUGGCGACAAUUCUCGUGCCCUUGAACCUGAUCACUGGUCUGUUCGGCAUGAACGUCAAUGUCCCUGGCAAAAAUACCGAAGGCUUGUACUGGUUCUUUGGCAUCAUCGGAGGGAUCGGCGUGUUUGUCGUGCUGAGUUUGCUUCUUGCAAGACGACUCCGGGCUAUCUAG